AUGAGUUAAAUAUAGAUAACCAAAAAAAUUAGAAAAACAAGAGCAAAAAAGAAAAAUUUAGUUGAAUCAUCCAAGAUUGUAUUUUUUAAAAUUUUUGCAUUCUUGACACCUUAAGAAAAAUUGAAGUGUCGCUUUGUUUGUAGAAACUUUAAUUAUUAUGCAAUCUAAUCAAUUGAAUCUUUAAAUUUUUAAGCAUAAAACACAAAAAUGAAAGCUUUUAAACCAUUUAUAGGUACAUUAAUAUUAUAAACUAAGCUAAAUGCACUAACCUUAAGUACUUAAUAUAUCCAUGUUUAUAUAAGCGAGUUUAAAUGACUUCUUUAGUAGGAAAAAAGAAGAGACCUUAAAUUAGAGAAAUCACUCAUUUAUGGUUUAGAAGUUAUGAAGAUAUUGCUGACUUGAUGAAACUAAAUACAGGAUUAAUAGCAUUGGAAUUAAAAUUUAAUUUUAGAGGGAUUGCAGCUCCUUAAAUAUCUUAAGAUGUAUAAGAAAUUUUAUUAAAUUCAUCAAUUGAAGAAAUAAUAAUAAAGGAAUAAUAAAUAGCUGAUUUAGCAAUAAUUGAAUUAAUGAAACAUAAAAUUACUUGCAUAAAACUAGAAGUGAAGAACGAUUAAAAUUAAUUAAUAGAAAAAUUAAUAUCUAUUGAAUUAAGAUUGAAAAAACUAUAUUUGAAAAUGACAUUUGUAGAUAAUAGAAUUGAGGAGUCGCUGAAUUUCUUUUUACAAUAGUAAUAAGAGUUAGAAGUUUUGUAUUUAGAUUUUAGAAAAGGAGUAGAUUUAUAAAAUCAUAAGAAAUUGAAAACAAUAAUAUUGGAAAAUGUUAGUGAUUUGAAAUCUUCAAUGAAAUUUCCAUCUGUUCUUGUUGAAAAGGUCAUAAUAAAAUCAUUUUAUAUAACUUAGAAGGAUGUAAAGGUAUAUAUAUAUAAAUGAAAGUAUUAGUUUUUAUUAUAGAAUUUUUGUCAUUAUAAAAUUUUAGACAUUUCAUCAAUUUAAGGAUGUUGGAUAGACAUUUUAUUGGAGAAGAAAAAAGCUGAAACUCCAAUUUAGGAUUAAGAAAAACAAUUAAAUGUUUACUUAAGUAAAGAUAUAUUUAGAGGACUAUAAUAAAUAUUGGGAAUAUCACAAAUAAAAUUAUAUUAAUUAGAACCAAUAGAAAACCUAUUCAAUUAUUUUUAAUGAUUAUAUAGAUAAU